AUGAAAGAUUUCCCUUUGAUGAUUCCAUUUUCCGAUAGCAUUGGCUGUGUACAUUUGAUAUGCCUACAGUUAAUUGGUGAAUGUACCCCAACUGUCUUAACCGUGGAGCUAGGAUACUUUUUUGAUGCUGAUGCUGAUGCUGGACAUCUAUCUGCCGAUAUUACUGAAGUUAACGCUGAAAGUAUGUUAAGUUCAGCUGAUACCGCAGUUUUGACAACUCCACAUCAACGAUUCAGCACGUUACCUACUGUUUGGUUAAUGGUACUUGAAGGAUUAUUACUGAUUAUAUUUGAAGUUGCGGUAUUCGCAUUUCCAUUCGCGCUUACCAAAAAAAUAACACGCGGUCAUUACCCGCAGUUUAGUUUACUCGCAAUGUUUCACUCUGGCUUAUGGUUAAUUGUUGCCAUCAUCGAUGGUACACUACAGUUUUAUCAUCGAUUGUCUCGCAAUCAUGGUUAUCUUAAAUGUUACAGAAAAACUAGGCACAUUAGACGAGUUCCUUUCUACUGUUUAUCUACUGGUAAUGCUGCAAUGUUGCUAAUGCUUGGCAUAUAUGAUACAGUGCCUACCAAAGUAUUGAAACCUUAUCAUUAUGUAGAAAUUUUUGCUUCCAUUGAAGUUGCAGUGUGUUUACCAUGUAUUAUCUAUUACAUAGUUUAUGUCGCCAAAUUUAACAAACGCCGGCCAUUUCCAGACCUUGACGAAGAAAAUGUUUUAAAUUGUGGUGCACCGUACAAUUCCGAAAUUAUUACCGGAGCUAGCAGAGAUGCAGAUUAUCUGGAUGAUAUCCUAGAAAAGCAAGCUGAUAUGAUUCGGUACUUGCAACAACACAAUAUUAAACUGGGAAAAAGACUGUUGAAACUGUCACAUAGGAGCAAUAUAGCCGAAUCACCGGUACCUAUACAAAAUGUAUAG